AUGAGGAACCUUAUUGUCGCUGCCUUCGCCGCUGGCGCGUCUGCAUGGACCUAUUCGCCAAACACCACGUACUCGGCGGCAAUCUCGAUCAAUGCAUUCCAGAAGUAUCAGACCAUGAUCGGGGGUGGGUGCUCGGGCGCAUUUGGAAUCGCCUGCCAGCAAUUUGGCUCCGUGGGGCUGUCUCCCGCGAACCAGGAAGCUGUCACCCAGAUCCUCUAUGACGAGAACAUUGGAGGACUGUCGAUCGUUCGCAACGACAUCGGCUCGACUCCAGGUCAUGUCCCCGGGGAUGUCUCGUCCAUCCUGCCAGAAUGCCCGGCAACCCCAGCAGGACCGUUCAACUAUGUCUGGGACAAGAACGAUACGUGUCAACUACAGCUCACGCAGACGGCACUCAAGUACAACCCUAACGUUUACGUGUAUGCCGAUGCGUGGUCUGCCCCUGGCUGUAUGAAGACGGUCGGCACCGAGGACGAAGGCGGCCUGAUCUGUGGCGUCAGAGGCAGCAGCAACUGCAGUGGCGACUGGAGGCAAGCAUAUGCGGACUACCUGGUGCAAUACGUCAAAUUCUAUGAGCAGGAGGGUAUCGAGAUCUCACUGCUCGGUGCUUACAAUGAACCCGACUUCAACCCCGUCACCUACGCCUGUAUGGAGUCGGACGGCUACCAAGCAAAAGACUUCCUGGAGAUCCUGUAUCCGACCGCAAAGGCAGCCUUUCCCAACAUCAGUGUUGCCUGUUGCGAUGCUACGGGUGCUCGACAGGAAAGGAACAUUCUGUACGAGCUGCAACAAGCCGGAGGCGAGGAUUUCUUCGACGUUGCUACGUGGCACAACUACCAAAGCAAUCCCGAGAGGCCGUUCAACUCGAACGGGAAGCCAAAUCUGAUGACGGAGUGGGCUGAUGGCUCGGGACCGUGGAACGCCAACUGGGAUGUGUCCGGACAGCUUGCUGAGGGCUUCCAAUGGGCGAUGUACAUGCACAAUGCGUUCGUGAACUCGGACACGUCGGGCUACACGCACUGGUGGUGCGCGCAGAACACGACGGGCGACAACGCGCUGAUCCGGCUGGACUACGACAACUACUACGUAUCGGCGCGGCUAUGGGCGUUCGCGUCAUACUUCCGGUUCGCACGCCCCGGGUCCGUGCGCGUCGGGGCCACCAGCAGCGCCGAGAACGUCUACGUCAGCGCCUACGUCAACACGAACGGCACCGUCGCGAUCCCCGUCAUCAACGAGGCCCAUUUCCCCUACCACCUGUCCAUCAACCUGGGCGGCAUCAACGCGUCCACCGCCACCGCCUACCUCACCGACAACGACCACAACGUGACCAUGAUGGGGCAGACGCAGAUUGGUGGUGCCGUGUUCGAGGCGACCAUCGAGCCCAGGGCCGUCAAGACGUUCUUCUUGAGCUAG